CGCCGGGGUCACUGGCCGAUGGUGUCGCUCACAGCUUGCCGCGUGACGACACCUCGGCUGCUGAUAGCGUAACCGAUUACAGAGCCGCUGCGACUCAGAGGCAGCAGCAGCAGCAGACAGCAGCAGACUGCAACCUCCACACUCGCUCCUGCCCCCACUGGAGAGCUAGUGAGCUCGGCUGUGCUCUCCUCUACUCUCCUUCCUCCUCUCCUCCGUCCUCUCUGCAGUCCUUCUCAGACAUGAAGGCUCGGUUCUGCUCCGACAGGAUGCUCCUUCUGACCGCGCUGGUGUCGCUGCUCCUCGCGGGGCUGGCGGCCUCCUCCCCGGACCUCUUCGACAACCAACUCGGAGACAUUAAUUACUGCAAACUGCAAUGCCAGCUCAUCAUCAAGAACAAAAGCCCGGCUAAAGACUCCGUCAUGAACGCCUGUCACCGUGGUUGCCGUCUCUACUCCAUCUGUCAGUUCGUCAAUGGCAACGCCGGCUUCAACACCAGCAGGGAGGAGUGCCAGGGAGCCUGCCAGGAGGCCUAUGUUAAGUUGCUGGAGCAGGAGGCGUGCUGCACCGGCUGUGCUAGCCAGCCCUCUGAGCCCGAGCUGCUGAGGAGGAAGCUCAAGGCCAUGACCCACCGGCCCCAGCAGCCCUCCGUCAUGGAGGCGAUGUCGGGCUGGUUCAACGACAUCGUCAGCUCCGCCCAGAGCUUCAUCUCCUCAACGUGGACCUUCUACCUGCAGGCGGACGACGGCAAGGUGGUGGUGUUCCAGAGCCGGCCAGACGCUGACUACAACCUCCCCGAGCUCCAGGCCCCCGAGCCCCACCCCAACCCCGCCGAGAAGCCCUGGCUGAAGGUCCACGCCCACACCCAGAGGCCCCACGGCGCCCGGGGCCACAGGGAGAAGGGAGCCCCCGCCGGCCCUGCAGGGAAGGGGAAGCGGGCCGGGCAGCACCCAGAGGACACCUCCACCGAGCACGACUUCCUGGGCUGCAUGUCCAGGCGUUCCGGUCUGCCGCGGUGGAUCCUGGCGGCCUGCCUCUUCCUCUCCAUCAUGGUCAUGUUGUGGCUGAGCUGUGCCAGUCUGGUCACUGCGCCGGAGCAGCACAUCAAGACCCAGCUGAGCAUCAACGGAGACAAGGAGUUCAUAGACGACUGCGGCCACAAGGUCAACCCCUACCACCUGACACCUGUGAUCGCCGUCACCGUGAAGCAGCUGCACCCGGACGAGCAGGAAGCGGGACCGCUGCCGGUCAAGGUGGACCUCGACAAGACCUGCGUCUAGACGACCAGCCGACCGACACACCGACACCCAGAGACUAGGAGAGCAGCUGGAUGGGACGCCAUGUUGAGGUCUUUGUUGCCCUCUCGGGCUCGGAGGGGGGGGGGGGGGGGGGUGUAGU